AUGGCCCCAUCCCCUUGCUUAGCGAUGAAUCCCGCGCAGGGGUCGCCGUCCCAGGACGCCAAACAGCUCCAUCCGAAAGAGGAGACGGACACCGAGGGAGAGGAGCCGCAGCCCAAAGACAUGACCACCGAGAAAGGAUACAAACAGCAGCGGAGCAGCCUCCCGUUCAGCGUCGAGUCGCUGAUUUCCAAGAAGCCCACCUGUCGGACUUCUUAUCCCUCUUCAGACUUAGCACUGGUGCUCCCCAAGCCCGCGGCGGGACAGUUCUCUCCAAGGACUUUUUACGCGGAGAGUAAAGUGGCCGCGGAGAGCUCGCAGGGUGUUUCGAGUAGCUCCAGCGAAGACAGCCCGCAGUUCUGUGAGAAAGAUCAGAGCACUUGGUACCAGCCGUCCUCCUUUUCUACACCUCCUCGCAGCACAAGUCCACCUCCGUGUACUUUAAGGAAACACAAAAACAACAGGAAACCUCGGACACCUUUCACUACCUCUCAGCUGCUGGCGCUGGAGCGCAAGUUUCGCCAGAAGCAGUACCUCUCCAUUGCCGAGCGAGCCGAGUUCUCCAACUCGCUCAACCUGACGGAGACUCAGGUGAAAAUCUGGUUCCAAAACAGGAGGGCCAAGGCCAAGAGACUGCAGGAGGCCGAGCUGGAAAAGUACAAAUUGGCCUCCAAGCCCGUGCUGCCCGCCUUCGCGCUGCCGUUCCCCAUCGGUGCGCACAUGGGCUCUCCAACGUGGGGCCCGUCGAACGCCUUCCAUAGGCCCAGUAUGCCGGUCCCAGGACUCUUCAGUGGACCCGUCACUUAUGGGAUGUACUAUUUGUCUUAG